ACCCACCUGUUCCUGUCCUGUUCUGCAAAGAAACAACAGCACCACUCCGUCUUCCGAAAUAACCAAAACCAUGGAAGACACACCAAACCGCCCCCGCACGACACAGUCCCUCGUCCAGAUUCAUCAGUCGCUUGUCCGAAACACCACCACCCCCCUCGCCCAGAUAUAAAGAUCCAUCCUUUAGGCCAAUACCACACAGCAAGCAAUAGAACAGAGCACGGCGGAGUUGAAUUGGAGAGGGAGUGAGAGAGAGAGAGAGUUUUCAACGCUUGCGCACGCUCGCCACCUGCGGUUGAUUAAUGCAUCAGAAGAAAUCCGAGCCGCUUCUGAUCGGGAAAGAAAGCGUCAGCCUCUCUUCCGAUUCCAUCAGCACCCACCAGGAGAAUUCGAGCCCCCAGCAAGAGAUCGCCAGCCUCGCACCGGACCCACCUCGCGAACCGAGCCAUCUCUCCGUUCGGAUCCCGCCCGCAUCGGAAACCCACCUCGACGAUGAAGGCGUACGCAGCAACAGCCCCUCCACGAGCCAAAAGACCAAUCUUUCGACGCCCCACAAGAGGCCCAUGAUGACCCAGUCGCCUCUGGCUUUCUAUCACUCCGGCGCGCAAUUGCCCAUCGCCAAUCGCCACCAGCAGCAGAGUCUUUUCGCUUCGGAUUCCGGCACGCCCAGGUUUUCUUGCUUUAGCUCGCUCGCGAUCCCAUUUCGCGGCAGAAAGUUUCUGUCUUGUAAAUUCUGCCACCAGUUGUGCCGCGUGCGUUUGCUCGGCAUACAUCUGCGAUUUCUAGUUCUCAUACUGGUGCCGGUGCUCUACUUCUUUGCGUCCAAUCCUAACCGUUCUUUCUUGCUCGAGCUCAUCUCUGUGGUUUCCUUCUCUGCGGCACUGUUGAUAUCACUCAAUUUAGCCGUCCCCAGAUUUCCUUCGAUUCGGUUGCUGUUUUCACGGUCGUUUCCUGCAAAGAUCGCUCCAUUUUCGGCUUCAACACCAGCUCGGCCUGUUGUUUGGUCAAUCGGGUCGAAACCGAAAGCGGAGAAAAGAGCGACUUCAGGUUCAUGGGUUCAGGUUUAUAGCAAUGGGGAUGUUUACGAGGGCGAAUUUCACGGAGGAAAGUGUUCAGGUAGCGGGGUCUAUUACUAUUACAAGAGCGGGAGGUAUGAAGGGGACUGGGUCGACGGGAAGUAUGAUGGUUAUGGCGUCGAGACAUGGGCUAAAGGGAGCCGGUAUAGAGGACAGUAUAGGCAGGGUUUGAGGAAUGGAGUCGGGGUGUACAGAUUUUACACGGGAGAUGUUUACGCUGGGGAGUGGUGCAAUGGGCAGUGUCAUGGUGGUGGAGAGCACACUUGUGAGGAUGGGAGCAAGUAUGUUGGAGAGUUCAAAUGGGGUGUCAAGCACGGGCUCGGUCGGUACCAUUUCAGAAACGGGGAUACAUACUCAGGGGAAUAUUUUGCAGACAAGAUGCAUGGCUUUGGAGUGUACCUGUUUGGAAAUGGUCAUUGUUAUGAAGGAGCUUGGCAUGAAGGAAGAAGGCAGGGUUUUGGCAUGUAUAGUUUUCGAAGUGGGGAGACUCAAUGCGGUCACUGGCAGACUGGGGUUCUUGAUUCCCCUGGCUCACCAAGCUUUGUUGGGGGACCAAACUCAUCCAUCACGCACUCCAAAGUCCUCAAUGCGGUACAGGAAGCACGACGAGCAGCUGAGAGAGCGCAUGAUAUCGGGAAGGUGGACGAGCGGGUGAAUAGAGCUAUAGCAUUCGCUAAUAAGUCGGCCAAUGCAGCAAGGGUAGCUGCGGUGAAAGCAGUUCAAAAUCGAGUGUAUCAGGACCAUACCCCUGGUGAUCAGGCGUUGCCGGUUCUUGUAUCUUAAGCAACUAAUCCAAUUGCACUAGACAGAUGUCGGCAAGAUAGGUAGAAGUCGAAGACACUUUCUUCUCCUUUUGUUUUCCGAUUUCCACUCAGUUUUGGCGAUAUGCAUUAUCUCAUGCCCGUCAGAGUUGCAUGUAAUCCCUUUCAAAGCGAUGUUCAUUUCUGCGGUGCCCUCCUGGAACCACAUACGGUCAUCAAAAGCUAAAAUGGCUGAUUGAGGAGCAGGAUGAGGUCUUAUUUUAUGUACUGUAAUAAACUUCUUGGCUUUUAUGUGAAUAGACGUGUUGUAGCUUUU